AUGUCGAUCCAGGAGAAGAGCAGUUGUGGAGGACCGAGGGUUGCCAUAAUCGGUGGAGGUUUGGGAGGAUUGUCGUUUGGCAUUGCUUUGAAGCAACAACUCGGCUUCGAAGACUUUACUAUAUACGAGAAAGCAGCAGAAAUUGGUGGGACGUGGAGGGAUAACACGUAUCCGGGAUGUAAUUCUGACACGCCCUCCCACUGGUACAGCCUGUCCACGGAACUGAACCCGAAUUGGACAUCGACCUGCGUGCCAGGAUCUGAGCUCCAGGAGUACUGGACACACUUCGCAAGAAAGCACGCGUUGUACGAGCACACCGUGUUCCACACGAAGGUCGUGUCCGCGGGAUGGGACUCCGAGAAGCAGCUGUACAACAUCAAACUCGAAGAUGUGCGCUCCAGCACCAGGACAUUCACGACAGCACAAAUCCUUAUAUCUGCCGUGGGAUACUUGAUGGACCCCAUCUUCCCGCCGGGAUUGCGGGGAUUGGACAAGUUCAAGGGUGAUUUGUUUCAUUCCGGGCGCUGGGACCAUACUGUAGACUUCCACAACAAGCGCGUAGGUGUGGUAGGAUGUGGGGCGUCGGCCGCGCAGUUCAUACCCAUCCUACUGGAAGACUCUACGGUACAGAUGGUGAAUUUCUGCCAGACGCCUUCUUGGUUCGUAGACCUUAAAAUCACUCCCAUCUCCGAUCGUCAGAGAUGGAUCUUCGCGCAUGUACCCUUCACUCUGCGACUGUAUCGUAAUUGGCUAGUCAUCACAGGUUACAUUCUUCCGCCAUAUCUACGGCGUCUGCGCGGUACAGCCCAUGUAGAAGAGGUCUCGACAGCCCUUAUCAAACAGAGGGCGCCUGCUCAGUAUCAUGACAAGUUGAUACCGACAUACCCCGCGGCAUGUAGACGUCUAGUGAUGGACCCAGGAUAUCUAGCAGCUCUGCAUCGUCCGAACAUCUCACUGAACUGGGACGGGAUUGCCGAGGUUACCGAGGAUGGGAUCCUCACUAAGACGGGAGAGGUUAUCCCCUUCGACGUCAUUAUCUUCGGUACCGGGUUCUCAACUGAUACGCACCCUGUCUCUAUCAAAGGGACGCAAGAAACGCUGCAAGAGUACAGCGCCGCCCAUGGCGGUCCGACCGCCUACCGUGGCGUCACUGUGCCAGGAUUCCCGAACUUCUACAUCAUUGGAGGUCCAAAUACAACCACGCCGAAUACGUCGUAUAUCUUCACGCACGAGGUGGAGAUCAACUACGCGAUCCAGCUCGUUGCGCCGGUCGUCCGGGGACUCGCCUCCUCGUUCGAGGUGACCGCACGCGCGUGCGACGCGUACAACGCGUGGCUGCAGGCCAAGAUCGCGGGGAGCGACUGGAUGCUGUGCCACUCGUGGUAUCGCACGGGCGGCAACGGCAAGAACUUCGGGAUCUUCCCCGGCUCGAUCCUACAGUUCUGGUGGUUGCUCCGCAGCCCUGCGUGGGGGAACUACACCGUGGUGGGAGGCGCACGGUGGGAGGCGUAUCAGAGGUGGAUCGGGUUCGCAACGCUCGGAGCGGUCGCCUCUGCGCUUGUGCUGGGCGGCGCCUUGGUCCGGAGGGAUCUCGUGCUGCGAGCUGUUGAGUCGCUUGGUGCCCAGUUUGUGCAAAUGUCGAAAGCUAUCUAUCAUCUUAACGCUGAGGCAUAG